UUCUACUUGAAGAUAAUGACCGGAAACUUGAACGGCGGUGGAAGAGGAGGAGAAGGACCGUGCGGGGCGUGCAAGUUCUUGAGGAGGAAGUGUGUGAGCGGAUGCGUUUUCGCUCCUUAUUUCGAUGCAGAGCAAGGGACUGCUACGUUUGCAGCGGUUCACAAAGUGUUUGGAGCAAGCAAUGCCUCUAAGAUGUUACUGAGAUUGCCUUUGAACAAGCGGCAUGAGGCGGUGUCCACGCUCUGUUACGAGGCUUUGGCUAGGCUCCGUGAUCCUGUUUAUGGCUCUGUUGGCCAUCUCCUCUCUCUUCAACACCAGGUUAUGAAUCUACAAGCUGAAAUUGCUCAUGUUCAAGCUCGUCUUUCAGCGUUUCAGCGUGUUUCUAUAAUCCCUCCACAACAAAUGCAACAGCCACCUCAUAAUAAUGAAUAUCCUGUGGAACAAACUAACUUGGAUUUUGUGUGGGAAGAAGAACAAUUACCUCAAGCUGGAAAUGAAGAUGGUGAAUUUCAAGAACUGGCGAUGCAGUUCGUCUCUAAGUAUUUAACGGAAGUCAAACUUCCGGCUUGCACUUUCGGUUAGGUCAAAUCACAAGCCAGAACUUAUGUAAUAUAGCAGUAGAGGAGGAGUGUCUUGAUGAAAAAAGUUGACGAGUUUUUAUUCUUCAUAGUUGACUAUCUCUCUGGCUCUCUCUACUUGAGAUCAUGACUUUCUUAAAUGUGAUGUGUUGCGUUCUUGGAAAUUGUUUGUGUUUCGAUGAACAAUAGUGUUAUCAUUUUGAUUCUACAAAAACUAGUUUUAUGACUUUGGCUUACCAAUCAACCAGAACUCUUUAUCUAUAAGACAAUAAACAAAGCCAAUAUAAGACGAAGAAACAAAAUAUCUUACCAAGAUUCCUUUAGUGAUGAUAAAUUUAUUGGAUUUUGAAGAAGUAUACCAAUGAUGAUUUUAGAAGAUUCCUUCUAUUUUGAAGAUAUAGUAACUGAUACUAAAAAUUAGAUUCGAUAGAGAGCAAGGUGAGCUAGUGUUGUUGCUAAUGAAGAUCGAUGACAAUCAUAUGUGGUCUCGAGAUUGUUUAUUUUUAAGCUUUAGGGAUCUGUUUUGUUUUGAUGGAGUAUUGCCUCUGUAUAAUGCUCAUGUCUGAAGCCUUUGCUUGAUUACCUUGGAUCUUCCAGUUUCGGGUGACCUGUACUUGUUCAAGGCUUCAUGCGUAAUCUAAUGUUAAAUGGGAAAAAGAAAGCAAAUUGAGUUUGUCAACCAAAAUUUGAGGAAAGAUAAUAUUUUCACACCAAAAGUUGUAAUUGCAAACUUAAAAAGGUAGUUGGGCUUAAACUCAAAAGUUUAAAUGAGUUUGCAAUUACAUUUCACCUAAAAUUUAGACGGACUUCGAGAGCUACAAUGGGCCUUGUUAUUUAAAAAUAAUUGACGAUUUCAAAUUUGAAUUGAACUGGACUUUAAAAAGUAUGAAAGAGUCAUACAUUGCUCCUUUUUUAUUUAAAUUUUCAACUGUACUAUCUGAGGAUUUUAUAUGGAAUACGUCUGAUAUCAAGAAAAUGCACGACUUUUACAUACUGAUCUCCUAGCAUAUGGCCUUACAGAGGUUUUUAAUAACUUAUGAGAAAUGUAUGAAUUGUGUUCUUAAUAUAAAGAGAGUUACAUAACUUUAUAUAUUAGAGCUAUAUGAAUCAAACAAUAAAUGUGAUCAUAUAAUCAUUAAGAAGAAUAUAUGAUGGAGCGAUUAUAGUGAUUGAGUGAAUCAUAUGAGUUAUGGUUGAUACUCUUUCCUUGAUAGUUUUGCUUUCAGAAGCUCACAGUUUCAAAACGUGAUACUCGUUUCAUCUUUUUUUUUCUUUUUCUUUCUGAUUUUACAUGCGGCUUCGUUAUGCAAUACACUAUAUAAGCUUUCUCUACGCAAGACAAAUUAAUAAUUUUAGCAACCAAUCGGUUUCUUUAAUUUUUAUUAGCUUCAUUAGUUUCUCUUCAUAUGAUUAGUUUAUGUGCAGUGUAACUAAAGGAGGUAACAAGAUACGAAUAGUCUAUCUGCAGUGUGAUUAAAGCAAGCCUUAAUUAUAUCACGCAUUUCUAAUCCGCAUAUUCAAAAGUGUGGGUUUACGGUCUACGAAAAUUCGGUUGAUAGACAAUGGCAAUGCAUAUCCUAUAUAUGAAUAAAAACAUAUAUACAGUUCAAAUUCAUGUUAUGAAUAAUGUAAAACUAAAAAUUUCAUUUUGUUUAACCAUUAUAGAAUAAAAAUUAUUUCCGUGACUAUCUUUUCCAAACUAAAUCUGUGAGUUUUAUUUUUUUUACACUUCAUCAUUUUCCAAUAGGCAUAUGAUGUUGGUUCUUCUUUCACAAUAAAUAUCAAUUUAGAUAUUCAGAACUAUAACUGAAAACAACAAUGUAUCAAUAACAAGUUAAUCAAUGUAAUGAGAUCAAAACAAACAAUAUUUAUAAUUUUGUGUGUAAUGAAAGCCAUUAAUCAAUAGUCGUAGACACAUUCCUCUAGUAUUGUUUUGUUAUAAAUUGCAUUUAAGGGAGAAAAAGUGGACCAUAGAAGCCUGAUGUGAAAGAAAAAAACUAGUUUUUCGUCAUGGGUCACGCGCAAUCACUAUAUCUCUACAUCUCCAUAGCUGUAAUCGAUUUAAAUUGAAUUACCUUUAGUAUAUAGCCAUCUACGAUCUAUCCUUAAGAACGUAGGGAUCAUCGUUCCCCUUUACACCAUAGAAUAAGAAAAUUAUAAGAGUAUAUUUAAAUUGUAAAUCCCGAAUCACCUACGGCCACAGGAAUAAAGUUACACCUAGAGAAAUUAAUCAUGCUUGUAAGUUUUAGCAAAGAAAAGGAGAAGAAAAUGUGAAAUUUUCCAUCCAAAACUGGAACAUCUUUCUCAUGCUGAU